UUCUUGAGCAAAUUCCAUUCCGAGCUGAAAUCCUCUUGGAGGGGUCUUCUUCAAGUUCUUGAAAGGACAAGAAACUGAAUGCUUCAAACAACCUUAAGUAAGCGACCCAAUUGCUCGGGCGGGAAACAAGCUUGCGGAAGCUACGAAUGUGCUAUCACAAGCUCGAACAAUGACGAUGAAUUAACUUCUCCAUUUAACCCCCCUCUGAGAGGGUAUCCUCGAACCUACAUAUUCUACUUUUCUUUAUAAAAUGGACCACCUCUACAAUUCGAAGGCCGGUCCUUCCGCGCAACCAGAAUGGCCCCGCGAAGUUCCCAGGUGGCGAAGAAAUCUUGGAGCUCUGGGAAGAAUUAUUGCUGUUGUUGCAGCUUUGGUACUUGCAUAUGCGGCUUUUGUGCAUACGAGACUGGAUAGGCAGAGAUAUAGCUGGUUUUUGGAUUUGGAUGAUAGCUAUGGAGCUCAAAAUGGGGAGCACGCGACCUCGAAGGGAAGUCAGUACCUACUUGGUGUGGGCAAGGCAGAUAUCACUGGACCCGUUGUGGAAAUCAACAUGAUGGGAUACGCAGAUACGAAACAACUCGGUUCAGGCUUAAGACAACGAUUAUAUUCGCGAGCUUUCAUUGUUGGAGAUGUAAAGCGUCCCGAGGAUAGAUUCGUAUAUCUCGUUCUGGACACGCAAUCUGGAGAUACUGCCGUGCGAUAUGGUAUACUCAAUGGCUUGAAAGAAUUGGGCUCAGAUUAUGAUGUCUACGGACAGCACAAUGUUGCCGUAACUGGCACACAUUCACAUUCUGGCCCUGGAGCUUGGUUGAACUACCUUCUGCCUCAGAUCACCAGCAAGGGGUUUGAUAAGCAAAGCUACAGAGCCAUAGUUGAUGGUGCCAUCCUGUCUAUACGACGAGCUCACAUGAGCCUGCAGCCUGGGUAUCUGACUGCUGGUACUACCAAAGUUUUUGGUGCAAAUAUAAACCGCAGUCUGUACGCCUACCUUGAGAACCCAGAAUCUGAAAGAGUAAAAUACAACGAGAGUAUUGAAGACGAUGGAUCAGUUGAGAAAACUUUGACGCUUCUCAAGUUCCAGCGAGCCUCAGAUGGCAAAAGUACUGGUGUCUUGACUUGGUUUCCAACCCAUGGAACUUCCAUGUUGGGGAACAACACUCUUAUCUCUGGAGAUAACAAAGGAGUGGCUGCGGAUCUUUUCGAGAAGAGUUUUUCGGCAGAAGACAAUGUUGCGGACGACUUCGUGGCUGGUUUUUCGCAAGCUAGUGUUGGAGAUACCAGUCCAAAUGUCCUUGGAGCCUGGUGUGAAGAUGGAUCUGGGGAUCAAUGCACCUUCGAAAACAGCACAUGCAGUGACGGUAAGAGCCAACACUGCCAUGCUAGAGGUCCAUUCUUCAGAGUCAAAGACAACGGUGCUUCUUCUUGCUUUGAAAUAGGUAGGAGGCAAUUCGAGCCUGCCAGAUCUUUGUACGACACCAUUGGGACUGUUGGCGUUCCCAUCACAGGACCCACGGUCAAGUCGUUCCAUACAUUCCAAGACAUGUCGAACUUCAGCUUCCCUCUCGCAAAUGGAAGCUAUGUCCAGACCUGCCCAGCUGCCCUAGGGUAUUCCUUUGCUGCUGGAACAUCAGAUGGCCCGGGUGCAUUUGACUUCACACAGAACGAUCCUAACGCACCUAAUGCUUCUCCAGUUUGGCGAGUCGUUUCUGGUGCCAUCAAGGAACCUACCGAGGAACAAAAGCGAUGCCACUUCCCAAAGCCAAUUCUGCUGGAUGUUGGCGAAAUCAGCACACCAUACUUGUGGACACCGAAUGUUGUAGAUGUGCAAGUAUUUCGAGCUGGCCAAUUCAUGAUCAUAGUCAGUCCUGGCGAAGCUACCACUAUGGCUGGACGCCGCUGGAAGAAAGCAAUCCACGAUUCGGCUGCUGCUCAGGCACUGUCUGGGUCAGCUUCUGCUGAGCCUAUUGUUGUCCUUGGUGGGCCUGCGAACAGCUACACUCAUUACAUAUCCACACCGGAAGAGUAUGGUAUCCAGAGAUAUGAGGGCGCCUCUACGCUCUAUGGUCAAUUUACCUUGAACGCGUAUAUCAACCUCACCCUUACCUAUCUUCACUACCUCAGCGCUUCGUCAACUUCUCAACCAGAGCCUGGCCCAUCACCUCCUGACAAUGUCAACAGAUCAUUGUCGUUCAUCACAGGAGUUGUAUAUGAUGGCGCACCACUAUUCAAGGACUUUGGAGAUGUGAAGACAGAUGUCAAACCCGCUUACUCGAUUGGAGACAUUGUCUCAGCGACUUUUGUAGGAGCCAAUCCUCGCAACAAUCUUCGGCUUGAGCAAACAUAUGCAGCUGUAGAAAAACUAGAUGGCGAAUUUGGCAGGUGGACGAGAGUGCGAGAUGAUAGCGAUUGGUCUCUGAUCUUCAACUGGAAGAAAACGAGUGAAAUUCUCGGUACAAGCGAGGUUGAAAUUGUAUGGGAAACAGAAAGCUGGGCUGAGCCUGGGCAGUAUCGUAUAAAGUACUACGGCGAUCAUAAGUCUGUAGGAAAGCCAAUAAUGUGGUUUGAAGGUCUCAGUGGGGAGUUUGUUUUGACAUGAUUCACGUCUGUAAGAAUGAAGUUAUGAGAAUGGAUACCCAUUAUUUUUUGCUGUCUCUCAUACAUGAAUCUACUCUACUCGGGAAUCUGGAU